UUAAGAAGCAGAAUUAGCUGCUGGAAUUUUGUGCACUUGUUUCGUUCUCUCUAUGGGGGUGGAAAAGCAAGGAAGGGUUGAAGAAGAAAUAGUGGGAGAAAAAGAGAGCAAUAUAAAAGGAAAUGAAGAGUAAAAGAGGGGAGGAAAAGAAAAGGUGAGUGAGCGAGUUAUGGCAAGACGAGAGAAAAGUGGAGAGAGAACUGAUCUCUGCUUUACAGUGGGUACGUGACUGCGUGCCCACGACUCUCACUCACUCACUCACUCUCACUCACUCACUCUCGCUCACUCACUUUCUGAGUUUGUGUUUUUGCGGUUUGCUCUCUGUAGUAUUUUGAUUGACGUGUUUUCUUCAAGUAACAUGUAAUUUUAAAGGAUCUGCUCUCAUCCCUCUGUGUACAAAAGGACAUAUAGUGUUUUAUCUCCUCAUUUAUACUGGUUGAUACACAUUUCUUCUGGGAAAUCUGUACAACUUUGAAGUACUGGAUCCAUUCAACCAAAGAGGAGAGGAGCUGCCAAUGUGGGGCCCAGGCAGCAUGAACCGUCCAGGGUUGGUCCCUGCCUUCUUCAGGACCCCCACAGUGAUCCCGCCCCCGCUGGACAUGAAACAGUUCCUGCCGUUCCCAAUGGACACAGCUCCACCACAACACAGCAUGGGCCUCUUCCACAACUUCAACACCAACAGUUACUCAACAAUGGACCCGGUACAGAAGGCAGUGAUGAACCACACCUUCGGCCCCCCCAUGAUGAAGACCAAACGACCCAUCAUCUCCUGCAAUGUCUGCCAGAUCCGCUUCAACUCAGAAAGUCAGGCAGAGGCCCACUAUAAGGGGAACCGCCACGCUCGGAGGGUAAAAGGCAUUGAGACCUCCAAGACUCGCCCCCAGGAGGGUGACAAGCUGGCCACUCUCCCUACAGCCACCCCCUCUCCACCAGGCCCCUCACCAUCCAGCCCAAGCCCUAACCCUAGAAAACAGGAUGACGUCCAGUCCCGCCCACAUUCAAACGGCUCAGACAUGACACCCAGCCCCAUCCCCAUGUCGGUCCAAGACACCUCCCUGCUCCCUGUGUGUCCAUCCCUGCCCCCUUUGAGUACACCUAUGCCCACCACCUCCACCUCCAUCCCCUCCCCGGUCCUUUGUGCCCCUCAGAUGGACACCCCCAUGGCGGGCCCCCCUGACACCCUGUCCCCGGCCCCCAGCCUCUUUUCAGGGGAGUCUGAGGAGGACAAGGCCAAGAAGCUGCUCUACUGCUCACUGUGCAAAGUGGCCGUCAACUCCCUCUCUCAGCUAGAGGCGCACAACAAAGGUACCAAACACAAAACCAUCCUGGAGGCAUGGAGUGGGCUGGGCCCCAUAAAAACGUACCCUCGACUGGGCCCUAACCUCAGCCCAGACCAGGCAGGGGGGCUGCCCUCGGACCACAACACUCAGGAACGCACCUUCCACUGUGAGAUCUGCAACGUGAGAGUGAACUCUGAGCUGCAGCUCAAACAGCAUAUAUCCAGUCGAAGGCAUCGGGAUGGAGUCGCAGGGAAGCCCAAUCCCCUCCUUAGCCGGCAUAAGAAUCGCACAGACUUUGUGUCAUCCUUGACCUUCUCAAAGGAACUUCCAAAAACUCUGGGCCAUGGACUGUUUCCUAACCCCCUGGCUGUUGCCGCGGCGAUGGCAGCCGCUGCCUCCUCCAAUCAGCUGGGUCAGCUGCGUGCCCCUGGUCCCAUUUCUCACACUCAGAACUACCAUCCUCACCACCACCUCUUACAGGGCACACUACAAGGCACACACCUCAGCCUCCUAAGGCCCGCCCCUGGGCCUAUGCGCACCACCCAUGGGCCAAUCCUCUUCUCCCCUUAUUGACGGUAAUGGGAUGGGGCACUAUCAGGAAGGAGCACACUGUGAAGUAAACAGGGAAAACCAUUGAUAGAAAAUAAACAGAUGUUAAAACUUAAAUAUUUGAAAUAGGAAAGACUAUGCCUUUUCCUCUCUACCCUUCCACCCUUUUUUGUUUAAUAAAUUCCAAAGCAAAGGAUGGACAGCUUGCAGACAUUUUAAAGAGGAAGGAUGCAUGACAGACUAAGAUGGACUUUCUGUCAGUGCUUUCCCUUCGUUAACCCUCCUCUAACCUUCCGUUAAGAAUAUUUGUACAGGUCAAACUUGUAUCCUGGCUGAGGGUGACUCAGUAGACUGAGUGUUCUAUUUCCUCCACAUCUCUGCAUUUCUGGUUCAGUGAACUCCCAUCCAAAGCCAUCUGCAAUAUACGUUGCAUACUGCAAAACCCUGUUGGGGUGUUCAAUAAUCUAAGUGCAGUACCUAUCUACAGGUGUAGGAUCUCAAUUUAAUCAACCUGUUGCAGAAAAUUUGUAGUGUAUUUGAGUCCUAAAAAGGCCUAUGGGGUUUGUAAUUUCCACUUUGAAAUUUCAGACUUGACUUUCCCUUAUUAAAAAUGGAUCAACCCCUACAAAAAUGUCCAUUAAUUAUAAUCCACAUAAUAAUUCACAUUUCCUGUUGCUGCAGGAUUAUUUCCUGCUGUAGCAAACUGGAUAAAAUGAAGAUCCUACAUCUGUACCCCACUCUGUAGUUCCAGGUUCUAGAUUAGGUGCCUGCUCUGCAGAUCCAGGCACAAGGUACAUUGUACUGUAUGUUUCCAGGUUCUAGAUAUAUGUUCUAGUGUUGUGUUGAGGAUAAUAGAUGUUAGUCUAUAUAUCCUCUGUUGUCAGAUCAGGUGAGAGAGAGAGAGAGAAGUGAAGGAAGCAAGGAAGGAAUAGAGAAACCCCACUGUAACUCAAGGCAGAAAUGUGUACUGAAUGCACCAAGGUAGAGCUAAAUGUUUUUAAGAAAUCUGAAUAAGAUAUUUUAAGAAAUGUGAAUGAAUGCAAUGAAAAAUGAUGGACUUGUGAUAAACCAUCUGUGUGUGUGCGUAUGUGUGUAUUCUGGAGAUAGGUAGAGAUAGAUGAAGCACGCAAUUAUGCCUCAAUGGUGACCCCUUUCAUUCAAACUGGAAACUACUCAGCGAGACAGCUAAUUUUAGAACCUUUACUCAAAACUUAAGUAUGUCUGCACAGUCCCAACAAAGUGUGGUAUUAGGGUGUUAAGGGAAUUGUUUCUACACAGUUAACAACAGGGGGAGGCUUAGGGAUAUCUGAUGGCACCACCCUCUUCUAGUGAGAACACAAGGGAGGUGGGUUUUCCCUUCCAGGAGUGAUUGCUGACCUGUGAUCCUACACCCAGAUGGUAGCAUGUUGAGUGUGGUGUGAGUGAGAAACACUGUGAUGGAUGUUUGAAGUGAAGAAGUAGGACACGUUUGUUACAGUUCACAAAGGGGAAAUUAAUAUGAACCUGUAUUUUCUCUCACAUGCUCAUCACAAGCAGCGAUGUGAGUGAUAGUAGUAUAAUAUGAGAUAUCAAGCCAAAAUUUUCUCCAGAGUAAUGAAAUGAAUCAUAUAUUUCCACUUUAAGAGGAGACCGUUGUCCUAUUCUGCCUCAUGUACACUACCGGUCAAACGUUGUAGAACACCAACUAAUUUAAGAGAUUUUCUUUAUUUUUACUAUUUUCUACAUUGUAGAAUAAUAGUGAAGACUUCAA